AUGUUUCUGCCGUUCAUCUCGGCCAGCUUCUCGGCCCGGGCUGUUGGAGGCAGCAGGGUACAUCCCGAGUCUCUGAUGCUGCUGCACACGGGCCUGAGCAUUAGUGGAGAGCAGAAACUUGAAGGGUCUAAGUGCAAAGGGCAGCUUUUGAUUUUUGGGGCAACCAACUGGGACUUGAUUGGUCGAAAAGAAGUGCCUAAACAACAAGCUGCUUACCGCAAUCUCGGUCAGAAUUUGUGGGGGCCCCACAGGUAUGGGUGCCUUUCGGGGGUCCGGGUGCGGACAGUGGUUUCGGGGUCGUGCGCUGCCCACAGCCUCCUCAUCACCACAGAAGGGAAGCUGUGGAGCUGGGGGCGGAAUGAGAAGGGGCAGCUGGGACAUGGCGACACCAAGAGAGUUGAAGCCCCCCGACUCAUCGAGGGUCUCAGCCACGAGGUGAUCGUGUCCGCGGCGUGUGGGCGGAACCACACCUUGGCCUUGACGGAAACGGGCUCCGUAUUCGCGUUUGGGGAGAACAAGAUGGGGCAGCUGGGCCUCGGCAACCAGACGGACGCUGUUCCCAGCCCCGCGCAGAUAAUGUACAACGGCCAGCCAAUUACCAAAAUGGCCUGUGGGGCUGAAUUCAGUAUGAUAAUGGACUGCAAAGGAAACCUCUACUCCUUUGGGUGCCCUGAAUAUGGUCAGCUGGGACACAACUCGGACGGGAAGUUCAUUGCCCGGGCGCAGCGGAUAGAAUACGACUGCGAGCUGGUGCCCCGGCGAGUGGCCAUCUUCAUCGAGAAGACGAAGGACGGCCAGAUCCUGCCCGUCCCCAACGUGGUGGUCCGGGAUGUGGCCUGUGGCGCCAACCACACGCUGGUCCUGGACUCCCAGAAGCGUGUCUUCUCCUGGGGCUUCGGUGGCUACGGCCGACUGGGCCACGCUGAGCAGAAGGAUGAGAUGGUCCCCCGCCUGGUGAAGUUGUUCGACUUCCCUGGGCGCGGGGCGUCCCAGAUAUAUGCCGGCUACACCUGCUCCUUUGCCGUCAGUGAAGUGGGUGGUCUGUUUUUCUGGGGGGCCACCAACACGUCCCGAGAGUCUACCAUGUACCCGAAGGCCGUGCAGGACCUCUGCGGCUGGAGAAUCCGGAGCCUGGCUUGUGGGAAGAGCAGCAUCAUCGUGGCUGCGGACGAGAGCACGAUCAGCUGGGGCCCAUCGCCCACCUUUGGGGAGCUGGGCUACGGGGAUCACAAGCCCAAGUCUUCCACGGCGGCUCAGGAGGUGAAGACGCUGGACGGCAUUUUCACAGAGCAGGUGGCCAUGGGUUACUCACACUCCUUGGUGAUAGCGAGAGACGAAAGCGAGACGGAGAAGGAGAAGAUCAAGAAACUGCCAGAGUACAACCCCCGGACCCUCUGACUCUCCCGGAGCCUGCAACUCCACACCUCUCGCGGCAGCUGUCAUUUCCACGUGCACUGGGACGGGAAGUCGAACGAGGAAUUUUAAAAAGCAAAAGUUGACCGAAGGUGCAUUUUUGUUAGACUCCCUGAGGUUCCGUUUUAUAAGUGAUUCAACGUCAACUACCUUUUCUGUAUGCUUUCCAAAGUGGUUUUUUUUCCCCUCUUUAUGUUUAAUUAAAAUAUUUGCUCAGAGUUGAUUUACCAUUCCUACAAAAGAGGCAAAAACUUUGAGCAAUCUAGAUUUUUUUUAAGUUGUUUUUCUUUCCUCCACCCCCUCCUAAAAUAUACUUCUCUAAACACCCCCUUUUCCGGUUGAUUAGCAUUGUGAUCUGAGUGGGUGCUGCCUGGGAGAGCAGUCACCACGUACUCAGAAAAAAAUGUCCCUUGUGGGAGCCGGCAGCAUCCAGGCAGAGACGGUCCCUGGUGGUCGAUCUCCAUCGAGAAUCACACCUGCGUGCUUGGAAGCAUCUGGGUCACUUCUUUCCUGCUUUUCCUUCUAGACCGGCCAAGUCCGCGUGCGUUCCGCUUCUCCCCUUGGCUGCUUGUAAGCCCCACCGCCUUUUGGCUGCAACAUUAAUAGAAUCCGCCGUUUCCCCCCUGGUGGGGGCUCUCGGAUCUGUGUUUAGCCAUUUCUAUCUACUUUAGCUGUAAAAGAAGUCCAAAUGAAAAUCAGGUGACCGUGGAACCAGUGAGGACUUGGGGGUGGGCAGAUGUGGGGACAAUGUAUCUGGUUCAAGAUCUGGCUUGAAGGCUCCUCUGGUGAGCCCGGGCCACCUCGCCAGCACUCGCCGUUAGAGAUUGAUCAGCCAGCAGUGAAAAGUGCAUUCUGGAAUCCUUGCAAAGAAGGAUCAGCUCUUUGUGUGCCAGCCCCUGUUGCCUCUGUGCUUCUGUCUGUAUUCCGACCCCCUCCCCCAGCCGGAUCCUGCUGGAACGGGUGCAGUCUGUUCCUGAGGCUCAGGGUCCCGCUCGGCCAACCCAGCUCUGUAGUCGCGUGCGCUCGGCUGAGAUACCAAACAGCUGGGACGAUGGAAGAAGCCCCUCGUCCCCGCAUGUCGGCGCAGAGGCUGCUACUGCCACCCGCCUCCCCGCCACGUGCCCUCCGCCAGAGCCCGUCAGCGGCGUUGCGCUGCUCUGCGUGAGUUACCAGGUGCCUUUCCCGGAACCCUCCUCUCGCUUGGACCCAAGAGAGGCGACAGCUCUGGCUGGGGCUCUUGGUUUCGAGAGGGUCUGGACUGGUUUGGGUGCUUUAAAAUAGAUUUUUUAGUUCAGUGGUGCUUAUGGGGGAGAUGCGGAUAGAACUCCAGUGUGAGACUUGGGUGGAUGGGAAAGUUAAAUAACUGGUCUUUUUUAUUUUUUUGCUUUGCUGUUGUUACCACGUGUCAUUGUCUUGAUGUUAAAAUGCCAAAAACGAUCUAGUU